UGCCCUUCCGAUCUGAGCAGAGGCAGCAGCAUCACAGACUCAAAGUUUUACUCAGUGCUUCUUGUGAUUUGAUCAUCCUUACACUCCACAGCUACAAAGCUGCACUGGUUGAACCCCAGUCAUGGACAACAGUGACGAUUUCUAUGAUUUCUUCAGUGAUCUGUUUAACAGCGACUCCACUGACCCACCUUACCUAGUCAGUGAAGUGGUUAAACUCUGUCCCAAGACUAAAGUCAACGAGUUUGGAGCCAAAUUCAUCCCAUUCUUCUACUACACAAGCUUCACCCUAAGUUACCUGGGCAACGGGCUUGUUCUCUUCAUCAUCCACAAAUAUGAGAAGCUCAACUCAGUGACAAACAUCUUCCUCCUGAAUUUGGUGAUGUCAAACCUUCUCUUUGCCUCCAGUCUUCCCUUCUUGGCAACAUACCAUUCGUCUGAGUGGAUCUUUGGGAUGGUGAUGUGUAAGCUGGUCAGCAGUGCCUACUUCAUCGGCUUCUACAGUUCCAUCCUCUUCCUCACGCUCAUGACAUUUGACCGGUAUCUUGCGGUGGUGCAUGCGGUGGCGGCCGCCAAGAGCAGGAAGAAGAUCUAUGCCAUCGGUGCAGCUGUGGCAGUGUGGUGCAUCAGUGUUAUAGCAAGUGUCAAAGAGCUGGUUCUCCAAAAUGUUUGGAAGCAUGAAGAGCACGGGCUGAUGUGUGACGAGACAGGUUACGACAAGAGCAUCAUGGACCGCUGGCGCCUGAUCAGCUACUACCAACAGUUCCUGCUCUUCUUCCUCCUCCCUCUUUUUCUGGUACUGUAUUGCUACAGCAGCAUCACCAUCCGGAUCUUAUCCACCCGGAUGAAGGAGAAGUGCCGUGCCAUCAAGCUCAUUUUUGUCAUCGUCUUCACCUUCUUCGCUUGCUGGACACCCUACAACGUAGUCAUCCUCCUUCGGGCCAUUCAAAUGUCCAAUGGCAAGAAAAAUAAAUCAUGUUCAGAGUCAGAGGCUCUGGACUAUGCUCUGUAUGUGACACAGAAUGUGGCCUACCUGUAUUGUUGCAUUAGUCCUGUGUUUUACACCUUUGUGGGUAAGAAGUUCCAGAGCCACUUCAGACGAUUGCUAGCCAAGAAGAUCCCCUGUCUUAAAAGACACAUCAGCCUCAGUAGCCAGAGCAGCAGGACCAACUCACAGAGAACACCCCACACUACAUAUGACUACUAGUGAGACAGAGGAACUGGCCUGGUCUGAAGGCCCAUUAUUCCAAAACCCCAGUAGUCCGAAAAAUAUCCCAUUGGACCUGAAGCCAAUUAGUCUGACUACAAAAAUAAAACCCCAAUAGUCCAAAAGCCCAUUAGUGAACAAUGCAUCGACUCUAUGAAUUUGGUUAAGUUUCGGCAGGAGUUUCCUCAGGUUAAGGUCAGGGAAACAGGGCUGGAUGUAUUUCCACCCCUGUUUCCACCAGAUAGUGUAUUUUUGGAGCAAUAGGCCUUUGAAGCAAUGGGCGUCCUGUUGGGUUUUCAGUCCAAUGGGAUAUUUUUCUGACUGUUGGGGUUUUGGAAUAAGGGUCUAUCGGAGCAAUCGCACUGAGAGACAGAACACACGGACCAGAUACCAAAUCAGGCUUAAGUAGUAUUUGUAAAUGUUAUUUACAAUUGAUUUUAACCUAGUUAGGUGCUGGAUAAUAGCAGUUUGUAGAAAUUAGAUUCUACAAACUGCUACUAUCAUGCAAGAAUAUUUCCAUGACAAAAAAACAACUAUACGCAAAGUCACCUAUGUUGUCCUAUUUUCACCCCCAUAUGAAAUAAAUAGAUCUUCCAAGGUUGACCCAUCUGCUCCUUCCCUAUUGCAAAAAGACAAACUUUAAAAUUUAAUUACCACAAAUUUUGUCAUGUUUGCAUCUCAAAACACAUUCCUUCAUUUGUUCCAUCACACAUUAAAACACAGCCUUGGAGAUUUUAAAGAAAAUGUUACUGAGUUUGCUUUGGUCACUACUAUAUGUCCACAGCAUCUUCCUAAAUUUGAAAUUCAAAUUUGAAAUUCAGAUUUGUUGCAGUUUGGCCCACUAAGAUAUUUUCAUCACCAAUCUAAGUCUAAGAAAAUGGUUCAUCAAAUAGCCUGCAUAGCCUGUGUUAAUCAUCAAAAUUGUCACAGGUGAAAUGUGAGAUUUGUAUUUUUUGCUGUGUGUAAAUACACUGAUUGGCUCUGAGGCUUAUCGUGGACUUGGGCUCCAUCAGUUAUGCUCCAACUCCCAAUUUACUUUGACGCAGGAGCGGAGCGGUAGUGACAAUGACGAAGGCGGAGGAGUGAAAAAGCAUUUGGACACCAGAGGUUGUCAUGUUCUUUCAAACAUGCCGAGAUGUCUUCCCUUGUUUGUUUUUUUUUGUUUGUUUGUUUGUUUUUAAUUUGUGAUUAUAAUUGCAGCAAAUUAAUAUAUCUUUAGUGCCUGUUUAUGCCUUAAAGCUUAAAGCUCCUGGAUGCAUUCAUCUGUCAGCAAUCACUGAAAAUCAGACUGAAUUUUACUAAAUCAUUUUUGUUAAGGAACAAAAUGGAAGAAAAGUUAAUGUUUAUGCUUUUAUGUUUAUGGUGUUUAUGUUUUUGGUAUAGCUGCUUACUGAA